AUGGCGGAUUUUGCUGGGUUAUUUUCGGACAAUUGUUGCGCGGUCUGCAGCAAGACUACAGACCUUCUGAAAUGUGGGAAGUGCAGGAGCAUUCAAUACUGCUCCAAGGAAUGCCAGAAGAAGGACUGGAAGACCGCACACAAAGCAUUGUGUGGUCUGUUGGCUCAAAUGAGGUCUACUCGAACAUCUGAGUCUGCGACUGGUGCUUCAGCAUCAGGUCAACGCAAAAUUGACAAGCCUUUCCACAAAUUGAAUGAUGGUACUUGGCUCCAUGGCCGGUCUGAAAAGGACGUUUUCCAACUUCUGGUCGACAGCUUCAGGUUGCGAUUGGAAGACGAACAUACCUUCCGUGGAACUUCGAAGCCCGGCUCGAUAUACACUGGUUCUGCAGAUAGCAGUUCUGCUUUCAAGCGCUACCUGACCAAAGUUGGAAGCAGAAAGAACUUGCUUCCCCCUUGGUGGAAUGAGGAGAAAUCGAAAGCAUGUGUGGCGUUCGGCAUGAAGGAGAAUCAAUGGUCAAACCUGCGAAAACCAGUUAAGAAGAGCGAAAUCAUUGACUACUACGGCUCGCCUAACAUGCCAAUGCAAAUGAGAAUGCUUGCUGAAGACAUCCUCGGAGAUUCACUUUCGCCCGGAGAUGGGGCAAAGAUGAUGCGAAACUUCCAGAUGAUGCAGGAGGCCGGCGACGACGGCCUUGGUGAUUGGAAGGUUCACAAGAAAGUGUGCGCAAAACUCGCUGCGGCCAGGCACAAGGCUACGAAGAGCAGGGCUGACGACGGUGCAUUGGAUGCAGCCCAUCACACAAGCAACUUUGCUUCCAAUGAGACAUCAUGUGAGGUUUCGAAGCCAUUCCACGCACUCAACUCCGGUACGUGGCUACAGGGUCGAAGCGAGGAGGAGGUCUUCAAACUGUUGGUGGACAGCUGGCGACUCCGUAAGCUGGAGGAACUUGAAACACUCAACGUCACUGAGAUCACAGACGAAGAUCCUGGAGUAAAGGAUGGAAUGGCGCCAUUCAGAGACUUUGUGGAGCAUGCGGCAAGGAAAAAGCUGCUCCCUUCGUGGUGGACGAAGGAUAAGGUGGACAAGUGUGUCAAAUAUGGUCUUCGAAGGAAGAAUUGGAGCAAUCUAAGCACAUGGGCCGAAAAAGAAAGCCUCAUCAACCACUACGGCGACGCUACUCUUUUGACUCAGAUGUGCAUUUUCACUUUCCAGGCUUUGGGAGCCGUUCGAGAGGGAGAAGACGACAUUUAUCUUGGCGUUUUGGCUGAGCAGAUGUCUGAAGAAGUGUGAGCAUCAAGUCCGAAGAUCAAAAUUCCAUCAAAGUCUGGGCACUUCAAGUCUCCUCAAGUUGCUUUGAGGACAUUGUACGUCCAUGAUAGGCGUCGAAGCAACAAAGAAACAUGCCUAUUCACGCCUUCACUCUCGCC